CGCGGGGGCCGCUCCGGUCCCGGCACCGGCACCGCCAUGGCCCGGCCCGGCCGCUGAGCCCGCAGCGCGCAGGCCGGGAGGUGUCACCGGAGCCGCCGCGAGGUUCCCGAGCGAGGCCCAAGGAUUGCGGGGGCGGAUCCGGCACCGGGACCCGCCAAGAUGGAGCCUGAGGAGACGCGGGAGCUGCUCCUGCCCAGCUGGACGGGCAGCGGCUCCCACGGCAUCACCAUCGCCCAGACCGACGACGGCGUCUUUGUGCGCCGCGUGCAGCAGAACUCGCCGGCCGCGCGCAUGGGCGUGGUGCAGGAAGGCGAUCAGAUCGUCGGCGCCACCGUUUACUUUGACAAGCUGCCGUCGGGGGAGGCGGCGCAGCUGCUGCAGAGCCUGGGCCAGCACACGCUGGGGCUGCGGCUGCAGCGGCGCGGCGACCGCUCGCCCACGGCCGGACACGGCUGCGGCCAUGCCUGCGGACACGCCGGACACGGCUGCGGUCAGCUGGAGCUGGUGCCCGGCAGCCCCGAGGUCGUGCUGAGCGGCGAUGACGAGGAGUACCGGCGCAUCUACACCACCAAGAUCAAGCCGCGGCUCAGGUCCGAGGAGGGCCCCGAGGCCGAGGGGACGCAGAGCAGAACCAUCACGGUCACCCGCAGGGUCACCGCCUACACCGUGGACGUCUCCGGCCACGACGGCGACCUCGAUGUCCACCUGCCCGUGACACCUGAGGGGCUUCACCUGAGCCAAAUUCCUGCUGGAGAAACUGGAAAAUGCCUGCCGGGCUGGAAGGGCGCCGGGGCCUCGCCACGGGUGGAGGCCAACGGACAGUUUGGAGAGCUGGACGGGUCACUGCACGUGGCCGGAGGGGCUCCGUGUCCCCACGGGGAGCUCGGCGGCUCCUCCUCCGUGGACGUGGGCAAAAUCAAGAUCCCGACGUUAAAAAUCCCCAAAUUUGGGGUCCAGGCCGGCGGUGAAGCUCCGGCCCCGCAGGUGGACGCUGGGGUGGACGUCACCUGCUCGCCCGCCCCGGUGCCACAGGUGGACGUGGCGGUCAAAGGUGCCACCAAGGUCCCCUCCCCUCCGCUGGACGUCCCCAGCAUGGAGAUCCCAACCACGGAUGGCACCAAGGGGAAAAUCAAAAUCCCGCACUUGACCUUCCCCAAAUUCACCGCGCAGGGUGACGGCAAUGCCACCGUGGAUGUCCCCAAGGGCGUGGCCGUCCCCAAGGGCGUGGCCGGCCCCGAGGUGGCCCUGGAGGGAGAAUGGAAAGGCCCCACCUUCAAGAAGGUGGAAACGCCCCAAAUUUCGCUGUCGGACGUGAACCUGAACCUGAGGGGCCCCAGAGGGGAAGGGGACCCCAAAGGACUCAGCCCCAAGGGGCUCCAGGUGGACCUGAAGGGGCCCCAGGUGGACGUGGCCGGGCCUGGGGGUGGCCUGAAGGGCGUGGAGAUGGACAUGGGCGUGAAGGGGCCGAAGGGAGGAGUGGACGUGGACGUGCCCACCCUGGGGGGUGAAUUGAGGGGGCCACAACUGGACCUGAAAGGGCCCCAGAUUGGGGUGGAGGUGCCCGGAAUGGACAUCAAAGGCCCCGAGAUGGGCAUCAAGACCCCCCAAGUGUCCGUCCCCGACGUCGACCUGAGCCUCAAGGGGCCCGGAGUGAAGGGAAAUGUGGAUGUUUCUGCUCCAAAACUGGAAGGGGAGCUGAAGGGCCCUGGGCUGGACGUCAAAGGCCCCAAAGUGGAGGUGGGGAGCCCAGAAAUGGAGAUCCAGGGCCCCGAGGGAAAACUGAGGUUCCCCAAGCUGAAAAUGCCCAAAUUUGGGGUGAAGGGAGAGACCCCCAGUGCCGAGGUGACCCUUCCCAAAGGGGGGGUGGACGUCUCCUGCCCCAAGGUGGACGUCAGCGUCCCGAGCGUGGACAUCAAGGGCCCCAAGGUGGACGUUGAAGCACCUGAAGUGGACGUGCACGGCCCCGAGGGGAAAUUCAAGAUGCCCAAAUUUAAAAUGCCCAAAUUUGGGAUGCCUGGGGUCAAGGCAGAAGGUCCAGAGCUGGACGUGAACCUCCCAAAGGGCAGCGUGGAGGUGUCCGGCCCCAAGGUGGACGUUGAGGGGCCGAGUUUGGACAUCCAGGCCCCCAAAAUCUCCGUGCCGGACGUCGAGCUGACCCUGAACGGUGCCAAGGCCAGCGGCGACCUGGACGUGUCCGUGCCGGGUUUGAAGGGCCCCGAGCUGGACAUCAAAGGCCCCAAAGUCGAGGUUGAAGCCCCAGAUUUGGACGUCCAAGGGCCCGAGGGCAAACUGAAGUUCCCCAAGAUGAAAAUGCCGAAAUUUGGGGUGAAGGGAGAGAGCCCCGAGCUCGAGGUGACCCUUCCCAAAGGGGCGGUGGACGUUUCGGGUCCCGAUGUCACAGUCGAGGUUCCCCACGUGGACCUGAAGGGCCCCAAGGUGAAGGUGCCCGAGGUGGGCAUCAGAACCCCCCAGAUCUCCAUGCCCGACAUCGACCUGAGCCUCAAAGGGCCCAAAGUCAAGGCAGAUUUGGACGUUUCAGCCCCAAAACUGGAAGGGGAGCUGAAAACCCCCGGGCUGGACCUCAAAGGCCCCAAAGUUGAGGUUGAAGCCCCAAAUUUGGAUGUUCAAGGGCCUGAGGGCAAACUGAAGUUCCCCAAGAUGAAAAUGCCCAAAUUUGGGGUGAAGGGAGAGAGCCCCGAGCUCGAGGUGACCCUUCCCAAAGGGGGGGUGGACAUUUCUGCCCCCAAGGUGGACAUUUCUGCCCCAGGGGUGGACAUUUCUGCUCCCAAGAUGGACAUUUCUGCCCCCAAGAUGGACAUCGACGUACCCAGUGUGAACAUGGAAGGGCCGGAGGUCAAAGGGAAAGGCCUCAAGUUCAAAAUGCCCGAACUCAACGUUCAGACCCCAAAACUCUCCAUGCCUGAUGUGGAUCUGGGCUUGAAGGCCCCAAAACUCAAAGGGGACCUCGGAAUCUCUGGGCUGAAGGGCCCAAAAAUGGACGUGAAAGGCCCCAAGGUGGACGUGGAAAGUGCCAAAAUUGACGUGAAAGGUCCCAGGUUGGAUGUGGAAGGUCCCAAGGUGGACGUGGACGUGCCCGAGGUGGACUUGGAGUGUCCAGAAGGGAAGGUGAAAGGUCCCAAAUUCCGGAUGCCCAAACUCAACAUCAAAUCCCCCAAAAUCUCGAUGCCAGACGUGGAUUUGAACCUGAAGGGACCCAAAGUGAAGGGAGACGUGGACGUGUCCCUCCCCAAGGUGGAAGGGGAGUUGAAAGCUCCAGAAGUGGAUAUUAAAGGGCCGAAGGUGGACGUGGAGGUGCCCGGCGUGGAUUUGGAGGGGCCCGAGGGGAAGAUCAAAGGGCCCAAGUUCAAGAUGCCUGAGAUGCACAUCAAGACCCAGAAGAUCUCCUUGCCCGACGUGGACAUCAACCUCAAGGGCCCCAAGGUCAGGAGCGACGUGGACGUGUCCCUGCCAAAGCUCGAGGGUGACCUGAAGGGCCCUGAACUGGACAUCAAAGGCCCCAAGGUGGACAUUGAGGCACCGGAUGUGGGCAUUCAUGGUCCAGAAGGAAAAUUCAAGAUGCCCAAGUUCAAAAUGCCCAAAUUUGGGAUGUCUGGGGUCAAAGCAGAAGGUCCUGAGGUGGACGUGAACCUCCCGACAGGAAACCUGGAUGUGUCCGGCCCCAAGGUGGACAUUGAAGGUCCAGAGGUGGACGUGGAGCUGCCAGAGGGGAAGGUGAAGGGCCCCAAGUUCAAGAUGCCCGAGAUGCAUUUUAAGACUCCCAAGAUCUCCAUGCCUGACAUUGACCUGAACCUCAAAGGCCCCAAAUUGAAGGGUGACGUUGAUGUCUCUGCCCCAAAGCUGGAGGGUGACCUGAAAGCCCCAGACAUCGACAUCAAAGGUCCCAAAGUGGACAUUGAGGCACCCGACGUGGACAUUCAUGGUCCAGAGGGGAAAUUCAAGAUGCCCAAAUUCAAGAUGCCCAAAUUUGGGCUGAAGGGAGAAGGCCCCGAGGUGGACGUGAACCUCCCAAAAGGAGACCUGGAUGUGUCCGGCCCCAAGGUGGACGUUGAGAUGCCGAGUGUGGACAUUGAGGGCCCAGAGGGGAAGAUCAAAGGCCCCAAGUUCAAGAUGCCCGAGAUGCACAUCAAGGCCCCCAAGAUCUCCAUGCCUGAUGUUGAUUUCAACCUGAAAGGGCCCAAAGUCAAGGGGGACAUCGAUCUUUCUGCUCCAAACCUGGAGGGUGACCUGAAGGGUCCUGAAAUGGACAUCAAGGGCCCCAAAGUGGAUAUUGAGGCACCUGAUGUGGACAUUCACGGUCCAGAAGGAAAAUUCAAGAUGCCCAAAUUCAAGAUGCCCAAAUUUGGGCUGAAGGGAGAAAGCCCCGAGGUGGACGUGAACCUCCCAAAAGGAGACCUGGAUGUGUCCGGCCCCAAGGUGGACAUUGAAGGUCCAGAUGUGGACGUGGAGCUGCCAGAGGGGAAGAUCAAAGGCCCCAAGUUCAAGAUGCCCGAGAUGCAUUUUAAGACCCCCAAGAUCUCCAUGCCCGACAUUGAUUUGAAUCUCAAAGGCCCCAAACUGAAGGGGGACGUUGAUGUUUCCCUUCCCAAAGUUGAAGGAGACCUGAAGGCCCCAGACAUCGACAUCAAGGGCCCCAAAGUCGAUGUUGAUCUCCCCGAUGUGGAGCUGGAAGGGCCCGAGGGGAAGAUCAAAGGCCCCAAGUUCAAGAUGCCCGAGAUGCACAUCAAGGCCCCCAAGAUCUCCAUGCCUGAUGUUGAUUUCAACCUCAAAGGCCCCAAAGUCAAAGGUGAUGUGGACGUGUCCCUUCCAAAGCUGGAGGGUGACCUGAAGGCCCCAGACAUCGACAUCAAGGGCCCCAAAGUGGACAUUGAGGCACCCGAUGUGGACAUUCAUGGCCCAGAAGGAAAGUUCAAGAUGCCCAAAUUCAAGAUGCCCAAAUUUGGGCUGAAGGGAGAAGCCCCCGAGGUGGAUGUGAACCUCCCAAAAGGAAACCUGGACGUUUCCGGCCCCAAGGUGGACAUUGAAGGUCCAGAGGUGGACAUUGAUCUCCCAGAGGGGAAGGUGAAGGGUCCCAAGUUCAAGAUGCCCGAGAUGAACAUCAAGCCCCCCAAGAUCUCCAUGCCCGACUUCGAUCUCAACCUGAAGGGCCCCAAACUGAAGGGAGAUGUGGAUGUGUCCGUCCCGAAAAUCGAGGGAGAUCUGAAGGCCCCAGACAUCGACAUCAAAGGCCCCAAGGUCGAUGUUGAUCUCCCCAAUGUGGAGCUGGAAGGGCCCGAGGGGAAGAUCAAAGGCCCCAAGUUUAAGAUGCCCGAGAUGAACAUCAAGGCCCCCAAGAUCUCCAUGCCCGACAUCGACCUCAACCUGAAGGGCCCCAAGGUCAAGGGGGGCGUUGAUGUCUCCGUCCCCAAGUUGGAAGGAGACCUGAAGGGCCCUGAACUGGACAUCAAAGGCCCCAAAGUGGACAUUGAGGCACCCGAUGUGGACAUUCAUGGCCCAGAAGGAAAGUUCAAGAUGCCCAAGUUCAAAAUGCCCAAAUUUGGGAUGCCCGGGGUCAAGGCAGAAGGUCCUGAGGUGGACGUGAACCUCCCGACAGGAAACCUGGAUGUGUCCGGCCCCAAGGUGGACAUUGAAGGUCCAGAGGUGGACGUGGAGCUGCCAGAAGGGAAGAUCAAAGGCCCCAAGUUCAAGAUGCCCGAGAUGAACAUCAAAGCCCCCAAAAUCUCCAUGCCUGACAUCGACCUGAACCUGAAAGGUCCCAAGGUCAAGGGGGGCGUUGAUGUCUCCGUCCCCAAGUUGGAAGGAGACCUGAAGGGCCCUGAACUGGACAUCAAAGGCCCCAAAGUGGACAUUGAGGCACCCGAUGUGGACAUUCAUGGCCCAGAAGGAAAGUUCAAGAUGCCCAAGUUCAAAAUGCCCAAAUUUGGGAUGCCCGGGGUCAAGGCAGAAGGUCCUGAGGUGGACGUGAACCUCCCGACAGGAAACCUGGAUGUGUCCGGCCCCAAGGUGGACAUUGAAGGUCCAGAGGUGGACGUGGAGCUGCCAGAAGGGAAGAUCAAAGGCCCCAAGUUCAAGAUGCCCGAGAUGAACAUCAAAGCCCCCAAAAUCUCCAUGCCUGACAUCGACCUGAACCUGAAAGGUCCCAAAGUCAAGGGGGGCGUUGAUGUCUCCGUCCCUAAGUUGGAGGGCGACCUGAAGGGUCCAGAUGUGAACAUUAAAGGUCCCAAGCUGGAUGUGGACGUUCCUGAGGUGGACGUUGAAGGUCCCGAGGGGAAGUGGAAGGGACCCAAGCUCAAGAUGCCCGAGAUGAACAUCAAGGCGCCAAAGUUUUCUCUGCCUGAUGUCGACCUGCACGUGAAAGGUCCCAAAGUGAAGGGAGACGUGGACGUGUCUGCCCCAAAGAUAGAAGGUGACAUGAAAGUGCCGGAUCUGGAGUUGAAAGGACCCAAAGUGGACGUGGAUGUGCCCGACGUGGAGCUGGAGGGCCCCGAGGGGAAGAUCAAAGGCCCCAAGUUCAAGAUGCCCGAGAUGCACUUCAAGGCCCCCAAGAUCUCCAUGCCUGACUUCGAUCUCAACCUGAAGGGCCCCAAAGUGAAGGGAGAUGUGGAUGUGUCCGCCCCGAAAAUCGAGGGAGAUCUGAAGGCCCCGGAUGUCGACAUCAAAGGCCCCAAGGUCGAUGUGGAGCUCCCCGACAUCGACCUGGAGUGUCCCGAGGGGAAGAUCAAAGGUCCCAAGUUCAAGAUGCCCGAAAUGCAUUUCAAAACCCCCAAGAUCUCCAUGCCUGACAUUGAUCUCAACCUGAAGGGCCCCAAACUGAAGGGGGAUGUGGACAUUUCUGCCCCAAAACUGGAGGGUGACCUGAAGGGCCCAGACGUGGACAUCAAAGGUCCCGAUGUGGACAUUGAUCUCCCCGAGGGGAAGGUGAAGGGCCCCAAGUUCAAGAUGCCUGAGAUGCACUUCAAGGCCCCCAAGAUCUCCAUGCCUGACUUUGAUCUGAAUCUGAAGGGCCCCAAGGUCAAAGGCGACGUCGAUGUGUCCGUGCCGAAGCUCGAAGGGGACCUGAAAGGGCCGGAGGUGUCACUGAAAGGUCCAAAAGUGGACGUUGAGGUUCCUGACGUGGAGCUGGAGUGUCCAGAGGGGAAGAUCAAAGGCUCCAAGUUCAAGAUGCCCGAGAUGCACAUCAAGGCCCCCAAGAUCUCCAUGCCCGACGUUGAUUUCAACCUGAAAGGCCCCAAGGUCAAGGGGGACAUCGAUGUUUCUGCUCCCAAGCUUGAAGGGGACCUGAAGGGGCCUGAACUGGACGUCAAAGGCCCCAAAGUUGAUGUCAACCUCCCUGACGUUGACCUGGAGUGUCCUGAGGGGAAACUGAAGGGCCCCAAGUUCAAAAUGCCUGAGAUGCACUUCAAGGCCCCCAAGAUCUCCAUGCCUGACAUUGACCUGAACCUGAAGGGCCCCAAAUUAAAGGGAGAUGUCGAUGUCUCUGCUCCAAAGCUUGAGGGAGACUUGAAAGCCCCAGACAUUGACAUCAAAGGUCCCAAAGUCAAUGUGGACCUCCCGGACGUGGAGCUGGAGUGUCCCGAGGGGAAGAUCAAAGGCCCCAAGUUCAAGAUGCCUGAGAUGCACAUCAAGGCCCCCAAGAUCUCCAUGCCUGAUGUUGAUUUCAACCUGAAGGGCCCCAAAAUCAAAGGGGACAUUGAUGUCUCGGCUCCCAAGCUGGAGGGUGACCUGAAAGCCCCAGACAUCGACAUCAAAGGUCCCAAAGUGGACAUUGAGGCACCCGACUUGGACAUUCACGGGCCUGAGGGGAAAUUCAAGAUGCCCAAGUUCAAGAUGCCCAAAUUUGGGCUGAAGGGAGAAGGCCCCGAGGUGGACGUGAACCUCCCAAAAGGAGACCUGGAUGUGUCCGGCCCCAAGGUGGACGUUGAGAUGCCGAGUGUGGACAUUGAGGGGCCAGAGGGGAAGGUGAAGGGCCCCAAGUUCAAGAUGCCUGAGAUGCAUUUUAAGACCCCCAAAAUCUCCAUGCCUGACAUCGACCUGAACCUGAAGGGCCCCAAGGUCAAGGGCGAUGUCGCUGUUUCUCUUCCCAAAGUGGAAGGGGACCUCAAGGGGCCCGAACUGGACAUCAAGGGUCCCAAAGUCAAUGUGGACCUCCCCGAUGUGGAGCUGGAAGGGCCCGAGGGGAAGAUCAAAGGCCCCAAGUUCAAGAUGCCUGAGAUGCACAUCAAGGCACCCAAGUUCUCCAUGCCCGACGUUGACUUUGGCUUCAAAGGCCCUAAGGUCAAGGGCGACAUGGACGUGUCCCUUCCAAAGCUGGAGGGUGAACUGAAGGGGCCUGAACUGGACAUCAAGGGUCCCAAAGUGGACGUUGAUGUUCCAGACAUGGACAUUCACGGCCCAGAAGGAAAAAUAAAAUUCCCCAAGUUCAAAAUGCCCAAAUUUGGGAUGCCAGGGGUCAAGGUAGAAGGCCCCGAGGUGGACAUGAACCUCCCAACAGGAAACCUGGAUGUGUCCGGCCCCAAGGUGGACAUUGAAGGUCCAGAUGUGGACAUUGACCUCCCUGAGGGGAAGGUGAAGGGCCCCAAGUUCAAGAUGCCUGAGAUGCACAUCAAGGCCCCCAAGAUCUCCAUGCCCGACGUUGAUUUCAACCUGAAAGGCCCCAAACUGAAAGGAGACAUCGAUGUCUCUGCUCCAAAACUCGAGGGAGACCUGAAAGCCCCAGACAUCGACAUCAAAGGCCCCAAAGUCGAUGUGGAUCUCCCCGACAUUGAUUUAGAAGGGCCUGAGGGGAAGAUCAAAGGCCCCAAGUUCAAGAUGCCCGAGAUGCACAUCAAGGCCCCCAAAUUCUCCAUGCCCGACGUAGACUUCAGCCUGAAGGGCCCCAAAGUCAAGGGUGACAUCGACGUCUCUGUCCCCAAGCUGGAAGGUGACCUGAAAGGCCCAGAACUGGACAUCAAGGGUCCCAAAGUUGACAUUGAAGCACCCGAUGUGGACAUUCAUGGCCCUGAAGGAAAAAUAAAGUUCCCCAAGUUCAAAAUGCCCAAAUUUGGGAUGCCUGGGGUCAAGGCAGAAGGUCCUGAGGUGGACGUGGACCUCCCGACAGGAAACCUGGAUUUGUCUGGUCCCAAGGUGGACAUUGAAGGUCCAGAGGUGGAUGUGGAGCUGCCAGAGGGGAAGGUGAAGGGCCCCAAGUUCAAGAUGCCCGAGAUGCACAUCAAGGCCCCCAAGAUCUCCAUGCCUGACAUCGACUUCAACGUCAAAGGCCCCAAACUGAAAGGAGAUGUUGAUGUUUCUGCUCCAAAACUCGAGGGAGACCUGAAAGCCCCAGACAUCGACAUCAAGGGCCCCAAAGUCGAUGUUGAUCUCCCUGAUGUUGAUUUGGAAGGGCCAGAGGGGAAGAUCAAAGGUCCUAAGUUCAAGAUGCCCGAGAUGCACAUCAAGGCCCCCAAGAUCUCCAUGCCCGACGUUGACUUUAGCCUCAAAGGCCCCAAAGUCAAGGGUGACAUCGAUGUCUCUGUCCCCAAGCUGGAGGGUGACCUGAAGGGCACUGAACUGGACAUCAAAGGCCCCAAAGUGGACAUUGAAGCACCCGACGUGGACAUUCACGGCCCAGAAGGGAAAAUCAAAAUGCCCAAGUUCAAGAUGCCCAAAUUUGGCUUUUCUGGGCCCAAAGUGGAAGGCCCCGAGGUGGACGUGAACCUUGCUGAGGCCGAGGUCAACAUUUCGGGUCCAAAAGUCGAUGUUUCUGUCCCCGAGCUGGACAUUGAGGGCCCCGAGGGGAAACUGAAGGGGCCCAAGCUGAAGAAGCCAGAGCUGCAGUUCAACGUUCCCAAGAUCUCCAUGCCCGACAUUGACCUCAACCUGAAGGGCCCCAAACUCAAAGGUGACCUCGAUGCUUCUCUGCCCAAGGUGGAGGGUGAGCUGAAGGGCCCCAAAGUGGACAUCAAAGGGCCGGAGCUGGAGCUGGAGGGGCCAAAGGUGGACCUGGAAGGAAAAGCUAAAAAAUCCAGGUUUAAACUUCCCAAGUUUGGCUUUUCUGGCCCAAAAGUUCAGAGCCCCGAGGUGGAUGUGAAGGUUAAAAAGCCUGAGGUGGAGCUGUCUGGCCCCAAAGUCGAGGUCCAGGGUCUGGAUUUGGACGUGCAGGGAAAAUCCAAGGGCUCCAAAUUCAAAAUGCCUUUUCUGAACAUUUCUUCACCCAAAAUGUCGAUGCCGGACGUGGAGCUGAACCUGAAGGGGCACAAGAUGAAGGGGGAGUUUGACCUGUCCACCCCCAAACUGGAGGGGGAGCUGAAGGGUCCUGAGGUGGACAUCAAGGGCCCCAAGGUCAACAUCGAGGCCCCCGACAUGGACAUUCACGGCCCGGAGGGGAAAAUCAAAAUGCCCAAGUUCAAAAUGCCCAAAUUUGGUGUUCCUGGGUUCAAAGGGGAGGGGCCAGAGGUGGACGUGAACCUGCCCACAGGAGAACUGGAUGUGUCCGGUCCUAAAGUGGACAUUGAAGGUCCAGAGGUGGACAUUGAGGGGCCAGAGGGGAAGAUCAAAGGGCCCAAGUUCAAGAUGCCCGAGAUGAACAUCAAGGCCCCCAAGAUCUCCAUGCCCGACAUCGACCUGAACCUGAAGGGCCCCAAGGUCAAGGGGGACGUGGACGUGUCCCUGCCCCAGGUGGACCUGAAGGGACCCAAGGUGGACGUGGAGGUUCCUGACGUCGACAUCGAGGGUCCGAAAGGGAAAAUCAAAGGCCCCAAAUUCAAAAUGCCCGAGAUGAACAUCAAAGCCCCCAACCUGUCCAUGCCAGACCUGGACCUCAACCUGAAAGGUCCCAAGGUCAAAGGGGGAGUGGACGUCGAUCUGUCCGCACCAAAAAUCGAGGGAGACCUGAAUUUGCCGGACGUCGACAUCAAAGGCCCCAAGGUGGACUUUGAAGCGCCAGAGGUGGACAUUGAGGGCCCUGAAGGGAAGAUCAAAGGCCCCAAGUUCAAGAUGCCUGAGAUGCACAUCAAGGCCCCCAAGAUCUCCAUGCCUGAUGUUGAUUUCAACCUGAAGGGCCCCAAAAUCAAAGGGGACAUUGAUGUCUCAGCUCCCAAGCUGGAGGGUGACCUGAAAGCCCCAGACAUCGACAUCAAGGGCCCCAAAGUCGAUGUUGACCUCCCCGACGUUGAUUUGGAAGGGCCCGAGGGGAAGAUCAAAGGCCCCAAGUUCAAGAUGCCCGAGAUGAACAUCAAGGCCCCCAAAAUCUCCAUGCCCGACAUCGACCUCAACCUGAAGGGCCCCAAAGUCAAAGGUGAUGUGGACGUGUCCCUUCCAAAGCUGGAGGGUGACCUGAAGGGUCCUGAAAUGGACAUCAAGGCCCCCAAAGUGGACAUUGAGGCACCCGAUGUGGACGUUCACGGUCCAGAGGGGAAAUUCAAGAUGCCCAAGUUCAAGAUGCCCAAAUUUGGGCUGAAGGGAGAAGCCCCCGAGGUGGACGUGAACCUCCAAAAAGGAGACCUGGAUGUGUCCGGCCCCAAGGUGGACAUUGAAGGUCCAGAUGUGGACGUGGAGCUGCCAGAGGGGAAGAUCAAAGGCCCCAAGUUCAAGAUGCCCGAGAUGCAUUUUAAGACCCCCAAGAUCUCCAUGCCCGACAUUGAUUUGAAUCUCAAAGGCCCCAAACUGAAGGGGGACGUUGAUGUUUCCCUUCCCAAAGUUGAAGGAGACCUGAAGGCCCCAGACAUCGACAUCAAGGGCCCCAAGGUCGAUGUUGAUCUCCCCGACGUUGAUUUAGAAGGGCCCGAGGGGAAGAUCAAAGGCCCCAAGUUCAAGAUGCCCGAGAUGCACAUCAAGGCCCCCAAGAUCUCCAUGCCUGAUGUUGAUUUCAACCUCAAGGGCCCCAAAGUCAAGGGUGACAUCGACAUCUCUGUCCCUAAACUUGAAGGUGACCUGAAGGGCCCUGAUAUUGACAUCAAGGGCCCCAAAGUGGACGUUGAUGUGCCAGACGUGGACAUUCACGGCCCGGAAGGGAAAAUCAAAAUGCCCAAGUUCAAGAUGCCCAAAUUUGGCUUUUCUGGUCCCAAAGUGGAAGGCCCCGAGGUGGACGUGAGCCUACCCACAGGAAACCUGGAUGUUUCCGGCCCCAAGGUGGACAUUGAAGGUCCAGAGGUGGACAUUGAUCUCCCAGAGGGGAAGGUGAAGGGUCCCAAGUUCAAGAUGCCCGAGAUGAACAUCAAGGCCCCCAAGAUCUCCAUGCCCGACCUCGACCUGAACCUGAAGGGCCCCAAGGUCAAGGGUGACGUGGACGUGUCCCUGCCCAGCGUGGAGGGAGAGCUGAAAGGGCCCGAGGUCAGCGUCACCGGCCCCGAGGUGGCCAUCGACAGCCCCGAGGGCAAAUUCAAACUGCCCAAGUUCAAGAUGCCCAAAUUCUCCAUGCCGGGGUUCAAGGGCGACGGGGUGGACGCUGACCUGACCCUCCCCAAGGGCGACGUGGCCAUUUCGGGCCCCAGCGUGGACCUGGAGGCUCCUGAGCUGAGCGUGGACGGGAAAGCCAAAGGUCCCAAAUUCUCCAUGCCCGAGAUGCACAUCAAGGCCCCCAAGAUCUCCAUGCCCGACGUCGACUUCAACCUGAAGGGCCCCAAACUGAAGGGGGACGUUGAUGUUUCCCUUCCUAAAGUUGAAGGAGACCUGAAGGCCCCAGACAUCGACAUCAAGGGCCCCAAAGUCGAUGUUGAUCUCCCCGAUGUGGAGCUGGAAGGGCCUGAGGGGAAGAUCAAAGGUCCCAAGUUCAAGAUGCCCGAGAUGCACAUCAAGGCCCCCAAGAUCUCCAUGCCUGAUGUUGAUUUCAACCUGAAGGGCCCCAAAGUCAAGGGUGACAUCGACGUCUCUGUCCCCAAGCUGGAGGGUGACCUGAAGGCCCCAGACAUCGACAUCAAAGGCCCCAAGGUGGACAUUGAGGCACCAGACGUGGACAUUCACGGGCCUGAGGGGAAAUUCAAGAUGCCCAAAUUUAAGAUGCCCAAAUUUGGGAUGUCUGGGGUCAAGGCAGAAGGCCCCGAGGUGGACGUGAACCUCCCAAAAGGAGACCUGGAUGUGUCCGGCCCCAAGGUGGACAUUGAGAUGCCGAGUGUGGACAUUGAGGGCCCAGAGGGGAAGAUCAAAGGCCCCAAGUUCAAGAUGCCCGAGAUGCACAUCAAGGCCCCCAAAAUCUCCAUGCCCGACGUCGAUUUCAACCUGAAGGGCCCCAAAAUCAAGGGUGACAUAGACGUCUCUGCCCCGAAGCUGGAGGGGAACCUGCAGUGCCCAGAUGUUGACCUCAAGGGCCCCAGGGUGGACAUUCAGGCCCCAGACGUGACCCUGGAAGGGCCCAAGGUGAAGAUGCCCGAGAUUCACGUCAAGACCCCCCAGAUCUCUAUGCCCGACAUUGACCUGAACCUGAAGGGGCUGAAGGUCAAAGGUGAUGCUGAUCUGCAUGGCCCCAAGCUCGAGGGGGGCCUCAAGGGGCCCGAUCUGGACAUCAAAGGCCCCAAGGUGGACAUCGAGGGCCCCGCGGUUGACGUCGAUGGUCUGGAGGGGAAGGUGAAGUUGCCCAAAAUGAAAAUGCCCAAAUUUGGCUUGAAGGGCGAAGGCCCCGAGGUGGACGUGAACCUGCCCAAGGCCGAGGUGGAUCUGUCUGGGCCCAAGGUCGAUCUCAGCCUGCCAGAGGUCAAUGUUGAAGGUUCGGAGGGCAAAGUGAAAGGGCCUAAACUGAAAAUGCCCGAAAUGCACGUGAACGUCCCCAAAAUCUCCAUGCCCGAGAUAGACUUGAACCUGAAAGGCCACAAAACGAAGGGCGGCUUUGACAUUUCCACCCCCAAGGUGGAAGGUCACCUGAAGGGCCCCGAGGUCGACCUCAAAGGCCCAGAAUUUGGGGUGAAAGGCCCAGAAUUUGGGGUCAAAGGCCCUGAAGUUGACGUUGAAUGUCCCGAUGUGAACGUGGAGGUCCCAGAAGCCAACAUCAAAGCUCCCAAGUUCAAAAAGUCCAAAUUUGGGUUCGGCAUGAAGGCCCCCAAGGCCGAGGUGGAUUUACCCGAGGCGGAGCUGAGCGUGGAGUCCCCCGAGGCCCACCUGGCCACCAAAGGCAAGAAGAGCAAGUUCAAGAUGCCCAAAAUCCACAUGAGCGGCCCCAAAGUGAAGGGCAAGAAGGGCGCGUUCGAGGUGAGCGCGGCCGGGGCCGAGCUGGACGCGGAGCUCAGCGGCCCCGACGUCGCCGCGGGCGGAAGCGCCGCCGUGAAAUCCCCCAAGGGCAAGAAACCCAUGUUUGGGAAGAUCUCCUUCCCGGACGUCGAGUUCGACCUGAAAUCACACAAAUUCCGCGGGGAGGCCCCGAAAGUCGAGGGCGAUCUGGAGGCCAAGGGCGACCUCAAGGGCGACCUCAACGUGGACGUGGAGGGCCCUGAGGUGAACCUGAAGAGCCCAAAAUUGAAACUGCCCGGGGUCCAGGUGGGCGCGGGGGACGUGAAGGUCGGGGGGGAGCUGAAGGGCCCCGCCGGGGUCGGCGUCGAGGUGAAAGGACCAAAGGUGAAAGGUGAGGUUGGCGUGGGCGGAGCACAACUGGAAGGUCCCGAGGUCAGCCUGGGGUGGCCCAAGGAGGGCAGAGCGGGGCUGGGGCUGGAAGUGCCGGACGUGAGCUCGGAGCUGGACGUGAAGCUCAAAGGGCCCCAGAUCUCUGGAGCUGAGCUGGAGGGGAACCUGAAAGGACCAAAACUAAAGGGAGAUUUGGACAUUUCGGGCUCCGUGGAAGGGCCUGGCGUGGGCCUGGACCUCGGCGGCCUCGGGGGCAAGGUGAAGCUGCCCACGGUGAAGACCCCGACUCUGGAGGUCCAGAGGGGCGGCCCCUGCUCCGUCCAGUCCCCGGGGGCCGGCCUGGACCUCCAGGGGCCCUCGCUGGACGUGUCCGGCCUGGAUGUGGAUGUCAGCGCGAAAGGACCAAAGGUGAAAGGAGAGGUGGGCGAUGCCGGGUUUGAGAUUCUGGGGGGCACCAUCAAGCUGCCCUCGCUGAAGCUGCCCCAGUUCAGCAUCGCCAGCCCCGGCGGGGACGCGGGGGUCGCUCUGGAGGGCCCCCAGGUCAAGGGGGCGCUGGAAGGCCCCGAGGUGGAGCUGAAAGGGCCGAAAUUCUCCUCGCCGGACGCCGACCUGAGGCUGAAAGGACCAAACGUGGACGUGGCCAGUGACAUCAAAGGGUCAAAGGUCAGCGUGGACGCCCCUCACGGAGGGGUCAACGUCCACCUGGAGGCUCCGGCCAUGGAAGUGUCCGGCUCGGGGCUGAACCUCAACGUGAAGGGGCCGAAGGUCAAAGGCGGCGUUGAGGCCACGCCGCCGUCGGUCAGCGCCGCUUCCGGAACGUUCCACGCCUCCUGCCCGAGGCUGGGCGCCGAGGGCGGGCAGGUCAAGGUGUCCUUCCCCAAGCUCCGCAUGCCCAAAUUCGUCUUCUCAGAGCCCGAGCCCAAGGGCCGCGAGGUCGGCGUGGACGUCGAGUUCCCCGAGGCCGAGCCGGACGAGGCCGAGGCGCGGCUCAAGAGAUCCAAGAUCAAGAUGCCCAAGUUCAACUUCUCCAAGCAGAAAGGCCGGGCUGGCGGUGGUGGCAUCACCCCGGGGUCCCCCGAGGCCGUGUCCGGCUCCGUGUCCGGCUCCAUGCCCGGCUCCGUGCCCGGCUCCGUGUCCGGCUCCAAGGGCAGCCUGGAGGGCGAGCUGGAGGCCGAGGCGCCCGCGGGCAAGGCCAAGUUCUCGCUGUUCCGCGGCAAGAAGGCGCGGCCGCGCUCGUCGUCCUUCAGCGAGGCCGAGCCCGAGGGCGCCCGGCAGCCCCGCGGCAAAUUCGGGACCUUCGGGGGCAUCGGCUCCAAGGGCAAGGGCAGCUACGAGGUGACCCCCGGGCACGAGGCCGCGGCGCCGCCGCCCCAGCCCGCCCGGCUCUCGUCGUCGUCGUCGUCGUCCGAGGGCGGCGCCCGCGCCGGGGUCCGGCUGCCCGGGCUGGAGCUGGCCGUGGCCAAACGCAAGGAGUGACCGCCCGCGGGGUCAGGAGUGACCACUGGGGGAGUGACCACCACCUGGAGAUCAUGAGUGACCACCUGGGAUCCCCACCAGGAGGUCAUGAGUGACCCCUGCAGUGGUCAGCAGUGACCCCUGAGUGGUCAGCAGUGACCCCGGGGGGCGGUUGUACAUAGCCCUGCCCCGAGGGACCCCCACAUGUACAGAGGGGGGGGAGGGGCUGGGGGUCCCCCCUGCCCCCGGAUUUUGGGCUCCCUACCCCCCCCAUGCCAAGAGCUUCUUCUCUCUCAUUUAUCUUUUUUUUCUUUUUUUCUUCUUUUUUUUUUUUUAUAUUUUUAUUGGGGUUUAUUUUUGUGUCCCGUGUUUUAUUCCUCCCUCCUCUCCCCCAAAUAUUUUCAG